UGACGUUUAUAGUGUUGGAGUACUCUUAUGGGAAAUAUCUAGCGGUCGACCUCCUUUUUAUGCUGAAGUUAAAGAUUACGACAUUUAUCUAGCAAUCGAAAUUUCACAAGGAAAAAGAGAAAGCAUUAUUCCUGGUACGCCUGAAGAUUACGUAAAAAUUUAUACUGAGUGCUGGAACAAUGAGCCAGAUAAUCGUCCUUAUAUGAAUAAAGUAGUUGAAGAAUUAAAUGCGAUUAUUCAAAAAACAAAUAUAAUAGAAAAUGAACAAUUUAAUA